UGCUAAAUCACUCCUAAAGCCUCAUCUCAAAUCUACUCUCAGUCUCUCUUUGAGCGCCGUUUUUCACAUCCAGUAGUGUUCUCAUGGCAUCAGACAAGAAGAUCAAGAUCGGAAUCAAUGGAUUUGGAAGGAUUGGCCGAUUGGUGGCCAGGGUGGCUCUUCAAAGAGACGAUAUUGAGCUCGUUGCAGUCAACGAUCCUUUCAUCAGCACUGAAUACAUGACGUACAUGUUUAAGUAUGAUUCUGUUCAUGGCGCUUGGAAGCACUUUGAUAUUAAAGUGAAGGACUCUAAGACCCUUCUCUUUGGAGAGAAGCCCGUCACUGUUUUCGGACUCAGGAACCCUGAGGAGAUCCCAUGGGCUGAGGCCGGUGCUGAAUAUGUUGUUGAGUCAACUGGUGUCUUCACAGAUAAGGAAAAGGCUGCUGCCCACUUGAAGGGUGGUGCUAAGAAGGUUGUCAUUUCUGGCCCAAGCAAAGAUGCGCCCAUGUUUGUUAUCGGAGUUAACGAGAAGGAAUACAAGCCAGAGCUUAACAUUGUUUCCAAUGCUAGCUGUACUACCAACUGCGUUGCUACCCUCGCCAAGGUUAUCAAUGAUAAGUUUGGAAUUGUGGAGGGUCUCAUGACCGCUGUCCAUGCCAUCACUGCCACUCAGAAGACUGUUGAUGGUCCAUCAAACAAGGACUGGAGGGGUGGACGAGCUGCUUCCUUUAACAUAAUUCCCAGCAGCACCGGAGCUGCUAAGGCUGUUGGAAAAGUUCUGCCCCAGCUGAAUGGCAAAUUGACAGGAAUGUCUUUCCGAGUCCCUAUAGUUGAUGUCUCAGUUGUUGACCUUACUGUCAGGCUAGAGAAAAAAGCAACCUAUGAGCAGAUCAAAGCUGCCAUCAAAGAGGAAUCAGAGGGUAACCUGAAGGGAAUCUUGGGAUACACUGAAGAUGAUGUUGUGUCUACUGACUUCAUUGGUGACAACAGGUCAAGCAUAUUCGAUGCCAAAGCUGGAAUCGCUUUGAAUGAUAACUUUGUAAAGCUUGUUGCUUGGUAUGACAAUGAAUGGGGUUACAGUACCCGUGUGAUUGAUUUGAUUGCCCACAUUGCAUCUGUUGCUUAAAUCCUUCCAGGCGCAUUGGAUCACCCGGAUUUGAAUUUUGUCUCACUGGAGGAUGUGUCGAAUAUUUGGGGUGUUUCAGAAUAAGCAUUUGUGCUGUCCUUAGUGUAGGCACAAAGCAAUCUAUUUCGAGUGUGCCCUGUUAUCUUAUAGCAUAUAUAGGUUUUCCCUUCUCUUGUUCAAUAGAAACGGAUCUUACGUUGUCCAAGGGUGAAAAAGAAAGAGAGAAAACUAUACAAUGCCCAGUCAUCUGAUGGCAUACAUAGGUUUUCCCUUCUCUUGUUCAAGAGAAACGGAUCUUACGUUGUCAGGGGGGAAGAAAGAAAGAAAGAAAACUAUACAAAAGUAACAUUGGGUUUCUGACAUCUUUGUUUUUGUU